GCUGUUUUUGUUUCAUUUUCGUAGAUGGCGCUUUACGUUCAAUCUGCUUGGGUUGUAAGUUAGUAAAAUGUCCAGGCUUCUCGGCCGCUGUCCAGGCUUAUAUUGUGGAAGAAUAAGAAGUGAAAAUGGAGAAUUGUCAGACUGUGGAGCGUGUCCACGUGGCUAUAAAGUUUCUUCUACAUCAGAGUGCAUUUUGUGCGAAGACUCUCCAAGUUUCUACGAUUUCUUAUAUCUUGGUUUUAUGGCCUUAUUACUGCUAAUUUUGGAAUGGUAUAUUAUUGAUCACACAAUGAAAAGAAGAAAUUUUACAAAAGAUAUAAUUUUUCUUCAUAUAAGUGCUCUUAUAGAAAAUAUUACAUCAGCUAUUUUAACAAUUAUUUUAGUUAAACCCAUUGGCUUUUUCUCUAUACAUGCAUGCGGUGUAAAAAGACUCUCAGAUUGGUAUAGUUUAUUACAUAAUCCAAAUCCUAAUUACAUUGGAAAUUUGAGAUGCACGCAAGAGGUUGUCUAUCCAUUGUAUUCAAUGGUAUUCAUUUAUUUUGCAUUAUCACUUGUUAUCAUGUUACUCAUUAGGCCUUUAUUAGUGUUAAAGUUUAUUGAUGGAAAAGGAAAAAGAUCCAUUUAUCUAACUAUGUAUUUAAUACCAAUUCUUGUAGUAAUACAUGCAACUUGUGCAGGAUUAAUAUAUUAUUCAUUUCCGCACAUCAUUAUUAUACUCUCCGUCAUUUCGAUUGCCGCUCAUCUAGCAUUUCAUCUUGAUCAGUCAAUGAAAUCUCUACUUUUGACAUCUGUUAAAGACAUUAGGAACCUUGUGAUCUUGUUAGUGCAUUGGAUGCUUCACGGCUACGGCAUCGUCGCCAUAACGCAGUUGAAAUCGCCCAUAUUUCACUGUGCCCUGUUGGCCUUAGUUCCCUUUCCUGCUCUUUUUUACAUAUUGACUUCAAAAUUUACAGAUCCUAGCAAAUUACAUAUUGAAUAGUAGUGCAUUCGGAUAUAUAGAACAA